GCGGGCCGCUGACGUCACGCCCGUGCAUCCUCUUGUCAGGCUCGUCCAGUGUCAGUGUGCGGCGGGCGGCCCUUCCGGGCAGUGGCAACGCUCUUCUUUUGGGAUAUGCCAGACACAGGGAAGCAAGCCUCCUCUCUGAGCUGCAGGAUGGACUAGGACGGCUCCCCUUGCUGCUGUCUUCUCUGCACAUUCACUGCCUGGGAUAAAGAGUGAACAAGCGAUGGAAAACUCGUCUGUAGCAUCGGCCUCCUCAGAAGCUGGAAGCAGCCGUUCCCAGGAGAUUGAAGAGCUGGAGAGGUUCAUCGAUAGCUACGUUCUGGAGUACCAAGUGCAGGGCCUGCUGACCGACAAGAUCGAGGGAGAGGGAGAGAACGAGAAUACAGAGUCUAGUAUAUCCCAGUGGACGGUGGAGUGUAACGAACAGCUGGAGGUAAACCGAACUUCACCAAAAGGGAGAAGACCUUCCUAUAAUCACAAUCAGAACGGAAACAAAGAUGACUCGCCGAACAUGCUUGGCACAGAGAUUUGGGCAGCGAGCACAUUUGAUUCAAUAAGUGGAGCGACGUGGGAUUUGCAGCCAGAAAAACUUGACUUCACUCAGUUUCACAGAAAACUCCGCAACCCCCCGAAGCACCCCCUGCCUCAAAUAGACCGCGAAGGGUUUAGUAAAGGGAAAUGUGAAGACGAUGAUGGUAUUAAUCUGAAUGACAUAGAGAAAGUGCUGCCCACCUGGCAGGGAUAUCACUCACUGCCGAACGAAGCCGAGAUCGCGCAAACCAAAAAGUUAUUCCGGAGGAGAAGAAAUGACAGGCGGAGGCAGCAGAAGUCACAAGGAGGGAACAAGCCGGCCCAAAACAACGAGCAGCAACCAGCUACUGCCAAACACAACAGCAGGGAGAACCAGAAGCAGUACCAAGGAAGCCAAGCGCCGCACUCCUCAGGCAAGCAAGGUCACCACGGUUACAGUCAAAACCGCAGAUGGCACCACAACCAGAAGCAUCCGCCAAACGACAAAGACUCUCAGAAACAUGCCAAAGAGACGGACAGCCUGAAGAUAGAGGACACCACAGUUUGCACAGUACACAUCCCACUAGAGGUACAGCGCAGCCCAGAAACCAUACAGGAACAGCCGCAGCAGACCAGGACGGCAGAGUCCGAGGCCAAAAGGAAAGACAGUAUUCAGAGCAAAGAGCUCGACAGGCCUAAGGUGACUCUGCUCCAGUCCUCAAAAGAUCGGCUACGGAGACGGCUAAGAGAGAAGCAGGAGGAGUACGCGGUCGAGUCAACCAAUCCUCAGAGGACCAAAAUGGACAAACUGAUAGAAAUAUUAAACAGUAUGAGGAAUAACAGCAGUGAUGUGGACCUCAAGCUCACCACGUUCAUGGAAGAAGCCCAGGACUCGGCCAACUCAGAGCAGAUGCUGGGGGAGAUUGUAAAGACUAUUUAUCAAAAAGCUGUGACAGACAGAAGCUUUGCACACACCGCUGCCAAACUCUGCGACAAGAUGGCUCUUUUCAUGGUGGAAGGGACCAAAUUCCGGAGUAUUCUCCUCAAUAUGCUUCAGAAGGAUUUCUCUGUUCGAGAAGAGCUGCACAAGUCUGAUGUGGAGAGCUGGCUGGGUUUCAUCACCUUCCUGUGUGAGGUGUUUGGCACCAUGAGAAGCAGCGCGGGGGAGCCCUUCCGAGUCCUUGUGUGCCCCAUCUAUACCUGCCUUAGAGAGCUGUUACAGUCUUAUGAUGUGAAGGAAGAUGCAGUCCUGUGCUGUUCUAUGGAGCUGCACAGCACCGGGCGCCUGCUGGAGGAACAGCUGCCCGAAAUGAUGUCCGACCUCCUGGCCAUCGCGCGGGACAAGAUGCUGUGCCCUCCCGAGUCCAUGCUGACACGGUCCCUGUUGCUGGAGGUCAUCGAGCUGCACGCCAACAAUUGGAACCCGCUGAUGCCAAGCAUCACUCAGUACUACAACAAGACCAUACAGAAACUCACAGGCUGAACGGUGACCCCCGGAGAGAGGGGGAGGAACUGCCCACAGGAAACAUAACUAGGGUAGAGGGGUUAAGUUUGCCACCCUUUGCGUACGCCAUGUAUUUAUAAUGACUGGACACGCCAUCGGUGAAGAAGAAGCGACACGUGUUCCUAAACAGCAUGCUUGAAAACUUAUUGACAAGGGAGGGGGAGGCGGGGGGGUGACAGCCUACUUUUCAGUCCAGUCUUUUACUACAAAACAACCCCUCCCCCUCCUCCUCCUCCUCUAUGUCAUUGCAUAUUGUAUAAGCCUUGGCACACGCACCAGAACACGGUCACUGUAGGUGCCAUGAAUAUGUAUGUUAAAUGGCAAAUGCCUGCUAAUGUUUACACACAAAGAGAGGGCUUGCACUGGGCAGUUGGCGGGAAGGCUUUUUUAUUAUUAUUAUUUGUUAUUUUUAGGGAGAUUUCUCAGGUGGAGAGAGGCAUACACACGUAUUGACCGAUUACCACCAUCGUAACUGGGAAGUUGGCGCAUUCACAGCCUUGAAUCGCGGCUUUUGAUGCCAUGUUAGGAUUGGCAUUGGGCGACCCUGGCCCUGCAGGUGAUGGAGUCCCAUUGGUGCUGGGCACAGACCGGCAGCCACAGUUGGGGAAGAGGGUACAGGUGCCCCCAGCCUUAAAUUAGGACAUUGCACGGGUUGAGUUUAUUUGCACUCUUUAUAGUUCCGCCAUUUUGCUUUUAAUAGCUUCCAAGGGAGCCACCAACAACGGAGUGGUUUGUUUCUGUAUAUUAGAGGAAGAAUUCCCGGCAGAACUCGUAUCUAGUUCCUAUUUAUAUAUAGUCUCCAAAAACUACUACAGUUACUGUGAUCUCUAGUCCUUUACAGUAUUUGACAUGUCUUCAGUCUUCUCGCCCGCGCUGGCUGGUAAAAUGUGAGAUGAUCUGGAGUGCAGUCUCUACGCGUUUUUAUACAGUGACAGGAAGUGAUAACUUCAGAAGUAAAAAAAAAAAUAUUUUUACAGAUGAAUUUUUUUUUUUCUUGGCGUUUUGGUUAGCGGGAUGGAUAUUGGCGCUAAAAUCUGCCCAGUUUGUUCAGGUUUUUUUUUUCCUGGCCUGGAGGCAUCCCUGGCAAACCGCAAUGCAAUAUGUAGUCUCUGUUCUUGUAUGCAAAAAAGGUUUAAACAGCAGACUCUGUUGCUUUUGCAUAUAACUAGAAAAAUAUGAUAAAAGAUUGUUACAAGUCACUUUUCAGUGACUUCGGAUCUCACGUGGGUCCUUUGAAGCCUCUAGUGCAGUAAAUGCAUUUCUUGUGUUUUUUUUAAAGCUGGUCUGUAGGCCUUUAAAAAAAAAAUAACAAAUUCAGCUCUGUAUUAUUUAGUGGGUUUUUUAAUGGAAGCAGUGCAAGUACUUGAACAUGACUUGGUGUCGGCCUCUUGCAGUCCAUUGUGCAGCAGAGCUCAGGCUGGGGGAGGGAGAAGCAGCACAAGGAGUCAAUUGGGUGUACUGCAAUGCAAGGAGCAUUCUCAUAGAAGAAGAGAGCAGAGCGACAGGUGAGGUUCAUCAGUGUGCUACUUCUCUUUAUUGUCUAGUCAUAGACUGGGUGGGGGGGCUGUAACUGUAAAGCCUCGUGCACACGAUCGGAUUUCCAUUGGACAAAUCCGUGGAAU